AUCGAUUGGACCAGUUAUUCAUAUUCCAUACCUAAAUUAUCAUUCUCUAAUUUGCCCCCGUUUUCUCCAUUCAACUUCAUAUAUAAAGCAAAGUUGCACCAAACCAACCUUAGAAAAUAUAAAGAACAAGUAAGAAUUAGCAGCAAAAACACCUUCCUUAGUUGCUGGAGUACUUUACAUACUCUUGGAACUUCUGAGAGAAGCAGUUUUGAUUUAAGAUUCUAAGAUCUAGUCAGACUUUAUGUAUUACCAAAACCAACACCAAGGAAAGAGCAUACUCUCAUCUUCAAGAAUGCACUUACCUUCUGAGAGGCAUCAUCAAUUCCUUAGAGGAGGGAAUAGUCUAGGAGGUUCUGGUCUCAUCCUUUCAACCGAUGCAAAGCCGCGCUUAAAAUGGACUCCAGAUCUUCAUGAGAGAUUCAUUGAAGCAGUUAAUCAACUCGGUGGAGCAGAUAAAGCUACUCCUAAAACAAUCAUGAAAGUCAUGGGUAUUCCAGGUCUUACUUUAUACCAUCUCAAAAGUCAUCUUCAGAAAUACAGGCUGAGCAAGAAUCUCAACGGACAAGCUAACAGCGGCUUAAACAAAAUAGGUAUGAUGACCAUGAUGGAAGAAAAGAGCCCUGAUGCAGAUGAAAUUCAAAGUGAGACUUUAAGCAUUGGACCACAGCCAAAUAAGAACUCGCCUAUAAGUGAAGCACUACAUAUGCAAAUAGAGGUCCAAAGAAGGCUUCAUGAGCAACUUGAGGUACAGCGACAUUUGCAGCUCAAAAUAGAGGCUCAAGGAAAGUACCUGCAAUCAGUUUUGGAGAAAGCACAAGAGACUCUUGGAAAACAAAACCUCGGUGAAGCUGGACUCGAAGCUGCCAAAGUUCACCUCUCUGAGUUUGUAUCUAAAGUAUCAGCAGAGUACCCAAACACAAGCUUCCUAGAACAAAAAGAGUUUCGGAACCUAUGCACACAACAGAUGCAACCACCUGAUUGCUCCCUAGAAAGCUGCUUAACCUCGAGCGAGGGAGCUCAGAAGAACCCUAAAACGCUAGAGAACAACAGGUUAGGACUCAGAACAUAUCUUGGUGAUUCAACAUCCGAGCAGAAAGAACCAAUGUUCAAACGGAUGGAGCUCACGUGGACGGAAGGUCUAAGAGGGAAUCCAUAUCUUUCAACAAUGGUUAGUGACGCAGAACAAAGAGUCUCAUAUUCAGAUAGAAGUCCAGAUAGACUGUCAAUAGGAGUAGGAAUGCAUGGACACAGAGGUCAUCAACAAGGCAACAAUAAGUUUAAAGACGAAAGAUUCAAUGACAAGGGUGAAGAUCAUAAGCUUGAAACCCAAGGCACAACAACAGAGUUAGAUCUUAACACUCAAGUUGAUAACUAUUGUACAACGCGUCCUAAACAGUUGGACUUAAAUGGUUUUAGCUGGAACUGA